AGCUUCUUUUCAGUUCAGGAGUCGCCCGUGCUUGUACUAACUUUAAAUGAACUAUUGCCUUUUUUGAAGUGUUCCUCGCGUGGUUUGCGUAUUGCAAAUACUGACUCAGUGAUUAUGGGCGGUGAAGAACGAUUAGGAGUGACUACCGGUCAGCCAAAUCUUUAUAAACAAGACCUAUCGAAGCUAGAUGUAAGUAAAUUAACUGCGUUAUCACCUGAGGUCAUCAGUAGACAAGCUACGAUCAAUAUUGGUACUAUUGGUCAUGUAGCUCAUGGAAAAUCCACAAUUGUAAAAGCUAUAUCAGGAGUACAGACUGUUCGCUUUAAGAAUGAAUUAGAAAGGAACAUUACUAUCAAACUUGGCUAUGCAAAUGCCAAGAUUUAUAAAUGCAACAAUGAAAAAUGUCCAAGACCAGGGUGCUACAUAUCCGGAGGAUCGAGCAAAGAUGAUACAUUUCCCUGUUUGCGCCCUAUCUGCACUGGCCGAUUUGAGCUUGUACGCCAUGUGUCCUUUGUCGAUUGUCCCGGACACGACAUUCUUAUGGCAACUAUGCUAAACGGCGCAGCAGUUAUGGAUGCUGCUUUACUACUAAUUGCUGGCAACGAAUCGUGUCCUCAGCCUCAAACAUCUGAACACUUAGCUGCCAUUGAAAUCAUGAAGCUGAAACACAUUGUGAUUCUGCAAAACAAAAUAGAUCUGGUGAAAGAAGCCCAAGCGAAAGAACAAUAUGAACAAAUCUUGAAGUUUGUGCAAGGAACCGUGGCUGAGGGUGCACCUGUAAUACCAAUAUCCGCGCAGCUAAAAUACAACAUCGAGGUGUUAUGCGAGUACAUCACGAAGAAGAUUCCAGUACCUUUAAGAGAUUUCACUUCGGAACCGAGAUUAAUCGUAAUUCGAUCGUUCGACGUAAAUAAGCCUGGAUGCGAAGUAGAUGACCUAAAAGGAGGCGUAGCUGGAGGAAGUAUUCUAAGAGGAGUAUUAAAAGUGGGCAUGGAAAUUGAAGUACGGCCUGGAUUAGUAUCAAAAGAUAGUGAUGGAAAGCUGACUUGUCGACCCAUAUUUUCACGAAUAGUAUCAUUAUUCGCUGAACAAAAUGAACUUCAAUUUGCAGUUCCAGGUGGCCUGAUCGGUGUUGGAACAAAAAUUGAGCCAACAUUGUGUCGGGCGGAUCGUCUAGUCGGUCAAAUUUUGGGAGCUGUCGGGGCUUUACCAAAAAUAUUUAUUGAACUUGAGAUAUCGUACUACCUGCUUAAACGAUUGUUAGGAGUUCGAACGGAGGGUGACAAAAAAGCUGCAAGGGUACCUAAAUUAUCGAGGAACGAAGUGCUGUUGGUAAAUAUCGGAUCUCUAAGUACCGGAGGUCGGGUAAUAGCCACACGUGCCGAUUUAGCUAAAAUCAGUUUAACGAACCCCGUCUGCACAGAGAUUGAAGAGAAGAUCGCGUUGUCACGCCGUAUUGAGAAGCAUUGGCGUUUGAUCGGUUGGGGUCAGAUUUGCGGUGGACAAACAAUAGAACCGGUUAUAGAUCGGAAAUAAUUCCACGGACACUACAAAAAAGACCAAAAUAUAAGAAAAAGAAAACGAAAAGAAUUCAAACAACAUGAAAUGUUACUUGAAACGUUUAUAAUAAAGUUCGAAACACACAUUA